AUGCUGUUAGAGGAGGAAAUCCCCGCCGGUAAACGAGCGCUUGUGGAGAGCUACCAGAACCUCUCCCGUGUGGCCGAAUACUGCGAAAACAAUUAUGUGCAGGCUCAAGAUAAGAAAAAGGCGCUGGAGGAGACCAAGGCCUACACCACCCAGUCUCUGGCCAGCGUAGCCUAUCAGAUCAACGCCUUAGCCAACAAUGUGCUGCAGCUACUGGACAUCCAGGCCUCUCAACUGCGCCGCAUGGAGUCUUCAAUCAACCACAUCUCUCAGACUGUGGACAUUCAUAAGGAGAAAGUGGCUCGUCGAGAGAUUGGGAUCCUGACCACAAACAAGAACACGUCCCGCACACACAAAAUCAUCGCCCCGGGCAACAUGGAGCGACCUGUGCGCUACAUCCGGAAGCCCAUCGACUACACUCUACUGGACGAUGUCGGACAUGGCGUCAAACAACAUGGAAACAAUGCAGCAGGGCGAGGCGGAGGCACGCUGUCCCGGACCACUCCUCCGACACAGAAACCUCCCAGUCCCCCGAUGGCUGGCCGCGGCACACUGGGGCGUAAUACUCCGUACAAGACACUGGAGCCGGUGAAGCCUCCGGUGGUGCCUAACGACUACAUGACGAGCCCGGCACGACUCGGCAACCAGCACAGUCCUGCACGCACGGCCUCCCUCAACCAGAGACCCCGCACUCACAGUGGGAGCAGUGGUGGAAGUGGGGGAAGAGAAAACAGUGGCAGCAGUGGAGGGGGGAUGCCUCUGGCUGUUCCCACCCCCUCCCCUCCCAGUAUGGGCCAAGUUGCUACAUCUGCUGCUUCAGUGCCACAGGGUCCCGGUUUGGGUCCAAUCCCCAUGUCUCAGUUUGGCACCAUCUCACGACAGAUUUCCCGCCACAACUCGACCACGUCGUCGGCCUCAAUGGUGUCGGCCACCGGCACCUACCGCCGUGCGCCCUCUGUAUCCUCCCAGCAGCCUCACAUCAACGGAGGACCAGGCUACCAGCAGAACUCUGUGGCUGUGGCUCCUCCGCCUCCUCCCAUGGUGCAGCUGACCCCACAGAUCCCACUCACCGGCUUUGUGGCCAGGAUGCAGGAGAGCAUCACAGACAGCCCUGCUCCGCCGCCGCCUCCCCCUCCAGAGGACCUGUCUGUGUUUGAGGAGCCCUCCCCCCCUCCGCCUCCCCCUCCAGUGGACUACGAGGAAGAUGAUGCUGCUGUGGUCCACUACAGCGACCCAUACGCCGACGGAGACCCACACUGGGCGCCUAAGAACUAUCUAGAGAAAGUUGUGGCGAUCUACGACUACAGCAAGGACAAGGAGGACGAGCUUUCUUUCAUGGAGGGAGCGAUCAUCUACAUAAUGAAGAAAAACGACGACGGCUGGUUUGAAGGAGUGUGCAACGGCGUCACUGGACUGUUCCCCGGAAACUACGUGGAAUCUAUCAUGCACUAUGCCGAUUAA